AUGAAAGACUGCAACAAGUACAUAUAUUUACACGAGUGUAACAAACGUGAUAACACAUCCUCUUCUGUCAAAAGAAGAAAACACGUAUGUCAAAGAAAAGGUGCACUGAGUAUUGAAGAAGGAAACAACCUUUUUUUAAGAAAUAGAGUUUUGGGAUGCAUGUAUGAUUACACAAAAUUUAAAAUUAUAAUGGACGAUAUGAAGAAAACAUUAUACACUCGUCCACAAAACAGUAAUGUGAUCAUCAGUAACAACGACAAAGGAAGAAAAAUGAUGGAUAAGGAAGAGUGUCUAAACAGAGCGCGUUUAUUGAAUAUUUUAAAAUGCUUUAAUACAUUGGAGAAGAAUGUACCGGUGUAUGAGUACGAGCAUCUGUUGAAGUGCACUCUGUCCAAAAACGUUAGCAGUAAUGUUAGCAGUAAUAUUGGCGGUAAUAUUGGCAGUAAUAUUGGCGGUAAUAUUGGCGGUAAUAUUGGCAGUAAUAUUGGCGGUAAUAUUGGCAGUAAUAUUGGCGGUAAUAUUGGCAGUAAUAUUGGAAGUAAUGUUAGCUGUAAUAUUGGCAGUAAUAUUGGAAGUAACGUUAGCAGUAACGUUAGAAGUAACGUUAACAGUGAUAAUGAUAUAUAUGAGGGGGAAUGUAAAUUGAAAAAUGCAAGUAGUGCUUUUGAUAAAAAGCUAGAUGAAGUUAUAAGGCAUUUCCUUCAUAACAAAAAUGAAAUUCAUUAUGAAGUCAACCAUAGAGAUUAUGAGGAUAAAGUCAACCACAGCUACUUGUGUAGUAACAACUAUCACAACAUAGCACAUCUCAAGUCAAACUCAAAGGGUUAUAUCAGUGAUAGUAAUAUAUAUUUUUAUAAAAAAAACAAAUUUAUAGAUAAAGUAUACGAUAAGAAAAAAAAGAAAAUUAAAUUUACCCCUCUAUGUUACGACAUGCACAAAAGUAAUGGAAGAAAGGGAGAUGGUAGAAAUGGUAAUAGUAAUAGCGGAAGUGGUAAUAGUAAAAAUGGUAAUAGUAAUAGCGGAAGUGGUCAUAGUAAUAGUGGAAAUGGUAAUAGUAAUAGCGGAGGUGGUCAUAGUAAUAGUGGAAAUGGUAAUAGUAAUAGCGGAGGUGGUCAUAGUACAAAUGAGUGUAACAAAUUCUUACUCGUGACAAAAAAGGAGGAGGUAAAGAAAACUUCCUGUACAAAAAAGUAUGCACCUUCCAUACUCAGUGAGAAUAAUGCAAAAUUGUUUUUAUAUAAAAAGAAAAUGAAUCAAAUAAGUAAAAUUUUAUGCAAUUUGAAUUAUUUCAAUAAAUUCAAUAGUUGUGAACUGACAAGAGAAAUUAUUAAAAAGAAGAAAAAAAAAAAGAAUAACUGUAAUAAUGAUGAUAGUAAUAACUGUAAUAAUGAUGAUAGUAAUAACUGUAAUAAUGAUGAUAGUAAUAACUAUAAUAAUGAUGAUAGUAAUAACUAUAAUAAUGAUGAUAGUAAUGACUAUAAUAAUGAUGAUAGUAAUAACUAUAAUAAUGAUGAUUGUAAUGAUAAUUGUAAUAAUGGUGGUAUUAAUGAUAACUGUAAUAAUUCAAAGGAGGGAAAUGAGGAAGGUACUCCUCAUCCCUACUGUGUAAACAUUCAUCCAGCAGGGAAAAGGAAUAAAAAAAAAAAUUCUAAAUUUACAGAAUUUUCUGUACAAGGUCAGACACUUGCACAAGGGGAAAAAAAACAUGAACAAGGAUAUCCAAAUGCAAUGUUUGAUAUGCGUAAUGACGUAAUAACCGACAAGUGUAACUGUCUUGAAAGGGAGGAGGAUACCACUUGUUCUAAUAGGAAUAGAUCUAAUUACUACUCUGACUGCAUGCAUGCAAAAAAAAAACCGAAUAUUAGCCAUACAAACAGUACUGAAAAUCAUAGUGAUGAUGGUAAUUUUACACAAAAGAAAAUAAAUCCGACGCAGAUGAUGAGGAAGAAGCUCAACUAUAAGAUGCACUUCAAGCUGCCCCUCCAUGUUGAUAUAAAAUAUCUUUUGCAAAGGAAGAAAAAAAAAAAAAAAAUAAUAAUAAUAAAAAAUGAACAAGGUAAGGAAGAAGGUAAGGAAGAAGGUAAGGAAGAAGGUAAGGAAGAAGUUAGUGAAGUGGUUGACGUGGAUGCAGAGACCAAGGAACCAUUCUUUCGUAAAGACAACAACAAGGUAGAGGAAAUCAGUGUGUCCCAUGCGAAUAACAGAAAUAUACAGAAAUAUAGAAGCAACGAUGACAAAAAUAAAAUAGAUGAUGUAAUUAUAACUACAUGUAACAAUUAUGAUAGAAAUGUUAAUGACUCUCAAGAUGAGAGAGAAGUCUGUCAACACUAUGAUGUGAACAAGCUUGCUAAUAUUACUAAUACAUUACCAAAUGCAACGAAUGAUGUUAAAAAUGGUAAUAACACAUACAAAGGAAUCGAUAUAAUUAGUUUAAACAAAGUGAGUACUAAUGAUGUCCAUCAUCUAGUUAACGAAGGGGAUGGCAGUAAUGGCAUAGCCACAUGCACAAAUGUCUCACAUAAUAAAAAAAAAAAAAAAAAAAAAAAAAAAAAUCCUUUGCAUAAAGAGAGUAAUAAUGAAAAAAUGUAUGAGAGUUAUAGAAACAAAGCAAAGGGAACCUUAGAAAGGAGUAUAAAAAAUGAAAUGAACAAACAUAGCGACACUUCGAACCGUGUACCCAAAAAGCAUGGUUCCCAUUUAUGUGAAAGGGAUAGCAAUAGGAAUAAAUCACAGUUAAGAGAUACAUACAAUUACACAGAUGUUACGAAUUUGAAAAAUAAUUUAUGUGCUAAUAGCGGUAGAGGAAAUUCAAAGGUUAACAAAAAAAAAAAAAAAAAAAAAAAAAAAAAAAUUUACUCGGAUAAAGAAAGAUUAUGUACAGAAAAUUCUAACGCUGUAAGCGGUUAUAACGAUUACGUAAAUGACAAUAACACUAGGGAUAAAAUAAACGUCAGUAAUGAUAGUAGUAAUAAUCAUAGUAAUAAUAAUCUUAGUAAUAAUAAUCAUAGUAAUAAUAAUCAUAGUAAUAAUAAUCAUAGUAAUAAUAAUCAUAGUAAUAAUAAUCUUAGUAAUAAUAAUCAUAGUAAUAAUCAUAGUAAUAAUAAUCAUAGUAAUAAUAAUCAUAGUAAUAAUAAUCUUAGUAAUAAUAAUCAUAGUAAUAAUAAUCUUAGUAAUAAUAAUGAUGAUAAUAAUAAUGAUGAUAAUAAUAAUGAUGACAAUAAUAGUAGAGCGAGUGCGGACUUAGCGAGCGCUCGUUCGAAGAGGACUCACAUUUCACACGCAGCAGUAAAUAGAAGUAGUCAGUGGGACAUUUCAUCUACACCAGCAGCUUAUUUAACGUAUGCACAGAACUUAAACAACGAUAUAAGAGAGGCUCUUCUUUCGGGUAAUGGUAAACAUGGUAACUCUGAUGAUAGAUUACAUAUGAGCAGCAUUAAAGAUGAUCCAGUAGGAAGUUAUACUGAUGGGCUAAGGGAACAAAGUAAGGAUAUCAUGAACAAGAUGAGAGUAGUAAUUAGUCGAGAACGAAAAGCAGAAAAAGAAAUAAACUCAGUGAAAAAAAAAAAUUAUAAGGAAGGAACACAUAUCAGCAAUUACUAUAACACAAAUAACAUCUCAAAAAAGAGCGAGCUUAAUAACUUGUCUAAUGCAAAAUCAUCCCUUUGCACUCAACAAAAUGUAGAAGAAAAUAAAGCAUACACAAAGAAUGACUGUAAUGAAAAGAAGGACGCUUUUUUAAACAUCCAAAAUGGGAAUGAACAGUAUGUAGUGGGAAAAGGAUGGAAUAAUGGUUCUUCCAGUGUAGGUAGUAGAAAAGGCAAAAAAGGCAAAAAUGAGCGGAUAAAAAUGGACAUAAGCAGAAUCACUGGUAAAGGUAUAAGUAAAGGUGUUCAUGAAAGCUUAGGUGAAAACUUAACGGACAAAGGAAACAUCCUCUCAAACUGCAUAGAGAGAGAUAAGACUACGAACAUGACCAGCAUUGUUCGUUCUAACCAGUGGGGAAUAAACAACUUAAAGAAUGUAGAUGAAGAAAAGUACUCUGUUGCAAGUUGUUCAAUGAAACAUAACACACAUACAUAUUACACUCAUGAGGAAAAGAAAAUGUUUGUUGCAUCUAAAGAGUCUCUUUCUGUUAUUCGUGCCAAAUCAGCUAGCUUAGAAAAACUGUCAUCUUUGAAGGAUGAUAAAAAUGAUAAUAAUAAUGAUGAUAGUAAUAAUCGUAAUAAUGAUAAUACAAAUAUGGUGAGGGAUAUGGACAACAAAGAGGAGAAUAACAUAAGCAGAAACAAUCAAAACAAUCAAAACAGCCAAAACAGCCAAAACAGCCAAAACAGCCAAAACAGCCAAAACAGCCAAAACAGCCAAAACAGCCAAAACAGCCAAUGUAACGAAAAAAAAAAAAAUAAAAAAAAUAAAAAUAAGAAAAAUAAGAAAAAAGAAGAUACCAUCAUAUACUUCGAUUACGGUCUUUCCAACUUCGUUGAAAAAUUGUCAAAUGAUAUGGGAACUAGUCAAAAGAGUAAUGAUAAUGGAGAUAAUGCAAAUGGUGAGAUGUGCAAUAAUGAAAAUGGUAAUGUUGUAUAUGAAAAAGAUAAUAGCAAUGUAAAAAAGGGGAACGGUCCCUCUAAUGCCGAAUCAAGUGUUGAUACAUCAAACAAGAUAACAAAUGAUAGUGUUAAAAAUUUGAAAGAAAUGAAAAUUGUAAAUAUUAGUUACCAGGAGGGUACAAUGAAGAGGAACACGGACAAGAUUAGUCCCCAUAGCCGUACAUAUGAACUAUACGGAAAACAGAAGAGCACAGAUAUUAAAAUUGGGAAGGCAAAGUUUAUAACGAACCAAACAGAUGUUAAUCUAGAAAAUAAAGAAAAUGUAGAAUUGUUAACGGAAGGAAAAAGAAGGAAAAACUGCAGUCACACGAACAAAAUGAAUAGCAUAUGUACAAAUGAUCAACUUACUGUAAACAAUUCUUUUAAAUAUUAUGAACCUAAUGAUCAUUUAGAUAAAGAAAAGUGUGACGAAUACUUAGUCGCUAAUAAGUGUGUGCUACCUAAACAUAGAUCUGCAAAAAUGUAUUCUAGAAAGUAUUGUUGCGUGAGUGAAAUAAAUCCUAGUGUUAAUAAAACAAAUUUGGUACAGGAAGCAGCAUACAGUGAUCAUCAUAUCGGAAUGACUAGUAUAGAUAAAGUGCACGACUUAAAGAAGAAUAAUGAGAAGAAAGCGUCUUCAAAUGUUAUAGAUAAAGUAGUUGCAGUUAAUGGUUAUGCCACUAUGCAUAAUUUGGAUGGGAACAGCAUGGAGGAAUGUAGAAGCAGCAGAAGGGGUUGUAGUACCGUUGUUUGUAGAACUAAAGCACAAGAGGAUAAAGCGGAGAUUCACAAUACUAGCGAAAUGUUUGACACACCCACGAACAACAUGAAUAGUUUAAAGAAUCAAAAUUACUUGAAUAAUAUGUUUCAUAUGAAUAAAUUACAGGGAAAGUAUACAAAGAACAGAAGGAAAGAACGUAACUGGCGUUAUGAAAAUUUUGAGUUCUUUAAUUAUACUCAUUACUAUAACAUGCAGCAGUUAAUGAACAGUGAUGGUAAGUACACAUACAAUAAUGAUCAUUUUAUUAAUAUGAUAAAAUGCAAUUAUGAUAAUAAUAUGUUUUGUAUAAAUUAUGCAAACUACCUUAACAAUUUAUAUUACAUGCAUAAUAGGAAAAAUAAGUAUUAUAUAGAUAUAGAAAAGGAUAUACAUUAUGACAGUAGGAUGAUGAUGAUGAUGGGGGUUUAUAUUCCACCAAAUAGUAACUACUUAACACCCAAUAACAUGCAUGGAAAACAUAAGAACAUAAGAAAUGAUGUUACUGCUUUGAGUGCGAGUGGUUGCACGGAUGCACAUGCUUCAGGAAAUGCAGAAAGUUGUGCUAAGGGUAAUUACAAAAAUCAAGUUAACAUAAAUGCGGUUAACACGAAUGUGGAACGUACUAAUGACGACGAUGAGGAUAGUGCUUUUAGGACUAUCCCCCACAGUAACAACUUUUUUCAUAAUGACGAUUCCCCGAACUCUCAUUAUAACAAUCAUAUAAAUGUUUACAAUAGUUAUGGCCACAAUAACUGCAGUAACUUCGAUAACUGCAGCAACUUCGAUAACUGCAGCAACUUCGAGAACUGCAGCAACUUCGAGAACUGCAGCAACUUCGAGAACUGCAACAACUUCGAUAACUGCAGCAACUUCUAUAACUGUAGUUACUACCAUAGGAACGACGUGAGUGAGGAAUACCCAGGUGUGCACAACAGCAGGUUUAUAAAUGAAGAAGAAAAAGAUGUAGUAGGACUUGACAUAAGAGGAAUAAAAUAUCAUUUGGAUAGCUUUCCCAAGUAUGCAGAAAAUUAUAAGAAGUAUAUGAACACGAACCCAAGGAAGUAUCCAAAUGAGCACAUGAUGAAUUACAAUUAUUUCCGUAAUAAAAGAAAAAAUAUUGGAAAUAAUGAACAGGACAAUAUAUAUCAUAACGUUGGAGUCUAUAAUUCCAUGAGCAAUGGUAACAAGGUGUGUAUUCUCAAAAAUAAAAAAAGUACUCAAGAAGUGUAUGAUGAACUGAUUAAUUACUACGGAAGGGAAGUUAACCAUUACACUAGCAACUGGAAUAACAGCGGCAGAAACAGAUGGAGCAACAACUGGAGCAACAACUGGAGCAAGCACAGCUGUUAUAGUAGAGAUGACGUGAGUAGAGAUAAUUGUUUUUAUAAUCACAACGUGUAUAGAAGGAAUUAUAAUGAUACAGGGUAUAACCACAGUGCCACUGGGUAUAACUACAGUUACAAUGGGAGUAACUACAAUUACAAUGGGAGUAACUACAAUUACAAUGGGAGUAACUACAAUUACAAUGGGAGUAACUACAAUUACAAUGGGAGUAACUACAAUUACAAUGGGAGUAACUACAAUUACAAUGGGAAUAAUUAUAAUAAUGUUAAUAUGUACAGCACAAACUGGAUGCACACUAACAGCAGUCAUGAUAAGAAGGAUCAUAUAUAUUUUUUCCAUCCGAAAAAAUUUCACAUGAAUAACAAAAAAAAAGUACACUCAAACUAUGGGCUUAGUAACCAUCCUUUUAAUUACAAUGAUAGGAAGCAAAACAACUUUUUUUUAAAAAAAAAAAAUAAACUACCCCUUCUCGAUGAAUCAUAUAUGAAGAAUACCAUGGCAAAUUUUCAUAAUUGGAACGUAUAUCUUAACAGUAACAAUAAUACGUUCAACACAUUUUACAAUAUGAAUAAGGAAAGAAAUGACAAUAACACAAACACUUAUAAUAUUAUGUAUUCCUCUACGUAUAACCAAUUUUUAAAUGAUUAUGCUCUUUUGUACAACUGUUCGUAUAAUAUGUACUACCACCCUUACGCUGUACCCCCUGCACCGAUAGGAAUAAUGCACCCAUAUGGAAACACCAAUGAAUUGCCGUAUUCCUUUAAUGGAUAUAUGGAUUCAGGGAACAGCAGCAUCUACUGUGUUGACAAUGGAAAUGGAAAUGAAGAAGGUAGAAACAGUAUUAGCGUUGUUAAUAGAGGCAGUAACUGUAGUAGUGGUGGGCAUGGUAGUAGUAACAGUCGUAGUAACAGUCAUAGCGAUGGAAAUGAUAAGAGGGAUGAAGAACGGAGGGAACGUUUGACCCUUCCGGAUUGCAUAAAUGAUUCAAAUAAUAGUAGAAAAGAAUACAGUCAAGAUGCAUAUGCUUCGUUUGCAAAUGAUAUUGAGAAGACUUCUUCGACCAAUACAUACAACAAAAGAAAUAGCAGUUACAAGUAUGUAGAUAGAAAUGUUGUAACGAAAAACAAAAGAGAUAUAUGUGAACGGACAAACAGCGUGGAUAGUGCAAAGAGUAGUAUAAGAAUACAAAGUACAUAUAUGAAAAGCAAAUCCUCAAGAGAUAUUGAAAAAGGAGCAAGUGAGAAAAGGUGUACCCACAGUGCAGCGUUAAUAGGAAAAAAUGGUAAAGACAAAAUAAAAGAUGAUCACAGUGCUUAUGAUAAGUCGAAGGAGAGUCUUUACAUAAAGGAAUUGGACAACUUGGAAAAAAAAAAGAAAAAGAAAAAAAAAAAAAAAAGGAGCAAGGAGGAUAAGAAGCAGGAUCAGCUGGAAAGUUCCACCAUUGUAGGAAUAAAUGAAAAAUACAUUUCAAGUGAGGAAAACAUUAUGGGGAAGCAAUGUAAUAAAUUAUUUACAAGAAACACUAAUGAUAGUAAUUUUUUAUGGAAAAAGAAGUGCUACGGUACUAACUGUCAUAAUUCGGAUCGUAGUGAUGAUGACGAGGUUAUUGUAUUUUCCCGUUCGCAUAAUGUAACAAAAGAAUGUGUAAAAAGAAUUACUUCUGAUAAUAUAGAGCUUGUCAAAGGGGAAGGCCAAAAUGAAAAGGGGGAAAAUUUUCAUUCAGAGGAGUUCAAGUAUAGGAAAAAAAUGGAGCUCCAGUUGAAUAAUAAAAAUAAAAAUAAAAAUAGCAAUAGUAAUAGUAAUAAUAGUAAUAAAAAUAAAAAUAGCAAUAGUAAUAGUAAUAGUAAUAAUAAUAAUAGUAAUAAAAAUAAUAAUAAUAGUAAUAAAAAUAAUAGUAAUAGUAAUAAAAAUAAUAGUAAUAGUAAUAAAAAUAAAAGACACACUCGAAGCUGCUUAAUGAAGACAGAAGAAGCCCUUCUGAGUGAGGAUGAAAAAAUGGAAAGCCGCUAUAUGAAUGAAAAAAAAAGAAAAAACUAUGUUUGUUUUAGAAAAAAUAAAAAAAAUUCUAAUAUGGAGUAUAACUCGUUAGAACAAAUGAACAGGCAAUUCAGUUGUAUCAGUUCAAGUCAUUGUGGAAAUUCCAUUAUGCAUAUAACAUGCUUACCAGUACGUUUCCCCGUACUUUUAGCCACACCAAAUAAUGGAAGAAGCUCAUCAUUAAAUAUUUACAACAGGGGAAGAAUAAACAGUUCCACCGACAACUGCAAUAGGGGCAAGUGCAUUAUGGUAAAUCAAUGUACAUCCAGCUUGAACCGCAUUAAUACUGAUAGGAGAGGAGGUAAUGGGGAUGAUGUGAAAUAUAGCAAUAAUAAGAGUGAAGACGCUAGUAGUAAUCACGCCACUAGCAACUGCACCACUAGCAACUGCAGUUCUAAGUACAACUAUUCCAAUGAUGCUUAUGGCGAACGUAACGAUGUUAGUACAAAAUGGAGGGGAAGGAGCUUUCCUGUUAAUGACUACAAAAAAAAAAAGGAUAUCAUAUUACUAUUAUACAAAACAGAAAACAAGCUAAUUGAUUUAUUGAAAAGGGUAAAGCCAUCUAAAGAUAUUAAGUUGACGAAACAAAGCAUUUUUAUAUUUUUAUCAAAGUUAAUAAAACAUUUAUUUAAAUGUGAAAUUAAUAUUUGUACAGUCGGCUCAACUGCAUAUGGAGUAGACUCAAAAACUAGUGAUCUCGACAUUGUAAUUCAGACCAAUAUGUACGAUGCUAAAUUUAUUCUGCACAAUAUUUACAAUUAUAUCAAUGAUGUCAAGAAGCGAAAUGGUGGAAGUGGUACAACUAAGAGUGAUAAUGAACGAGCGAGUAGCCAGAAAAGAAAAGGCAGUCAAAGUGAUAACUGUACAGAAGGUUUCGUUGAAGGCAGUAGCGGAUGUAGUAGUUAUGGUACCAAUGGGUUCGAAUUUUCCUUCUUCAAUAACGUUGAACUGCAACUAGUAGAUUCAGCAAGGGUUCCCAUCUUAACCCUUAAGAAAAAUAAAAUUGUAUGUGAUGUAUCCGUUAAUACAAACAAUUCUUUGAAGCAUACGGAAUUUUUUUUAAGUAUAUUGGAAAAUUUUCCAAACUUAAAAAAUGUAAUGAGGAUAUUAAAAUAUUUAUUGAAGGUUAGGAAACUACCAUCUAUGAAACAGGGUGGUCUACCGACCAUUUUGUGGAUGAUGCUAGCUGUGCGUUAUUGCAAAAUUGGUAACAAUGGAAACGGUGCAAACAGUGCGAACAAUGAACAGAAUAAUGCUAAUGUUUGUAAUAUUUGUCAUACCGAUUCUUCACCUAAUACAUUGCAUGAACUCAGGAGUAAUCAUGAUCCCUAUUUCAAAAAAGCAAAUGAACAAACAAAUAGUAUUAUAAGUAACAACCAAAAUGGGAAUUUAAAUAGAACAAAUUUGUUGUUACAACAUCCCAAAGACAACACUCUCCUUGAGAAUGUCAACAAAGAUGCUCUGUCCGAACGUGGCUCAUCCAUACGGGUUAUCAAAAGAAAUGAUUCCAUAAAAGGAAAUACUCGUUUAAAUGGAAAUGCCUAUACAAAAGGAACAAAUUGCCUAAGUAAAAGCUGCGUAAGUAGCAGCUUCCAAAGUAAUGGUUGUUCUGUACUCCCGUACACAAAUCAAAAUUUCAGUAAUAUUCAUAGUAAACUGCCAAUCAAAUUUCUCCAAACCCACCACAAUGAGGUCAUCACAGCUACGGCUAAUGCUACCACGAGUACUACCACUAGUUCUUCAACCAAUAAUAGUAAUAAUAGUAAUAAUGAAGCGGAACCAAGGGUGAACAACAAAAUUAGUAACAAUAACCCAAAGGAUGGUAAAAAAAGAAAUUCCCACAUCACUCUCGAAGUUCCUAAUUAUAACCUGCACGAUAUUAAUUAUUUGAACAGUAACUUGGAGCAAAAUUUAUCAGAAUGCAUUAAUUUAGAAUGCCUAAUUAUCAGUCAUCCAAAUAAUUACAAUGGAGGAAAAUUUACCCAUAAAUUAAUUAAUGAAGAAAGAACAAACAACAGCACUUGUUAUGAUAAAUUGGCAGAUCAGGUAGUACCCCUAAAGGAUACAGACUCUGUAAAAACCUCGGAAAAAUAUAUAACUCUCAAACAGAAAGGAUUAGAUUACUACUGUAAAGAUAAGGGAAAUACCCAUCCUGGUAAAUGCUGUAAACCGCAUGCUGAAAAGGAAUGCAGUAAUGGUAACCAUAGUGGAGGAGAAUACGAUGGAACCCUAUGUGUUGAAGGAAUAGGAAAUAAUGAGGAUACAUCUUGGGAUCAGGUUAGAAGUUACGAACAGGCAAUAAAUUAUGACGAAUUACCCAACUCAUUCGUACAAACACACAAACGAGGGAAAACUAUUAAGCGGCAUGUGAAUGCGAAUAAAACGUCUACAUGUAUGCGAAGCUCCUGCAGAUCGAAUUAUAGUGAAGACAAAUUAAUUUAUAGCGGUAUGAUAAACUGCCAAAAGGGAGAGGAUUGUACUUUAAACCAGAUCAACCGAGGUAAUGUAGUAAAUAAUAUUUCUAUUAAAAGUAAUUGCUAUCAUCAUAGGAUAUGUGGAUGUAAGCGCAGUGAUGAUAUAAAUAGUAGUAGUACAGAUAACUCGUCCAUUUCUAACCGUACAUAUGUUAUAAAUCAGCGUUUAUUAGAAGAGGCAUAUCGUUUUAAUGAUAAUGAAUUACAUAUGUGUGAUAAAAUCAAAUGGAAGGGUAAAAACAAAAAGGACAGAGCAAUGUUAAAAGAAGAUAAAAACACUAGCUACAAUGAAUUUUUUAAAAUGUCAUACUAUCUUGUGAAUAAGGUAUUUUCGAACAGUGAAUACGAUAAAGUAAGUGAUCAUAAUAUAUCCUUCUUUCAAAACAAUGUCGAAUCAGAUAACGAAUAUUUAAGUGUAGUCGGGGAAGAUGCACAUGAUGAGAAUCUUUCUGUUUACUUCUCGGAGCGAUCCGAUUGUUCUUUUGUUGAAGUAACCAGAACAAAAAAAAAAAAAAAAAAAAAAAAAAAAAAGAACAAUAAUAAUACGAAUGAUAGUAAAACGAAUGAUAAUAAAACGAAUGAUAGUAAAACGAAUGAUAAUAAAACGAAUGAUAGUAAAACGAAUGAUAGUAAAACGAAUGAUAAAAUGUAUGAUAAAUUAAACGACAAAAUGAAUAGUAAAGUUAAUGGCAAAAUGAAAAACAAGAUAAACAUAUUAAAUGUAAUGCAUAAAAACAGUAAAAUAAUAGAGGCCAAGUGUCAAAACCUUAUUAACCUUAAAAAGGGGAGGAGCACAAACGUUUUAAAUCGAAAGAAUAGGAACUAUAAUCCCCAAAAUGAUGUAAACAUAUUUUCCGAUACAGAAGAUUACAGAACCCCAGUUCUUCCAAAUGAGGCGAAUAAAAAUGAACCGCAUAAAAAUAAAAAGAUUCAAGUGAGUUAUUGUAACUACCUUACUGGUGAAGACACAACAAGUAUAAACGCAAAUUAUAUGAUGAACAUAUCUCCUAUAUUCUACUCUUUGAUGAUUUUUUUUAAUGAAUUAAACUCCAGGAAAAAAUUAAUGAAAACUAUAAAUUUAAUUGAUGAAGAUAAAUGCUAUAAAAAGGAUGCAAAUGAAAUAAAUAAAAAAGUUUUAUCUUCCAUUUGUCAUGGAGGGGUAUGGGAUGAACUCCUUACUCUUUAUGAUCCUAUUUACAGUUACAAUUAUGAUACAUACAUUAGUAGAACUAAGACGAGUUACCAAAAAUUUUUUUGCCCCACUAAAGAUACAAGUUCACUUGCUGUACAUGCCGAUCGAAAUUUUAACAUAAAAAAGAACAACAAGUGUAGUAGUGAAAACAUGGCUUCUUUAAAUCGAAAUGAUAUUCACAUGUACAAGAAAAAAUUAAUCGGAGAUGACCUUUAUAAAAAAAAAAGCUAUAUUAAAUAUGUAGAUACGAAAUGUACGAAGCGUAUUAGUGCAGAUGAUGAUUUUAUUAUUUUAAAAGAUAUAAAAGAAAUGCAAAAUGAAAAAAUGUAUAUUUCGGACUCUACGCAUAAUUUUAGAAAUAAAGAACCAAGUGAUCAUAGCAUCAAGUAUAAGGGAGAAAGGAACAAAGCUACUCUUAACGUUCGUAUGAGGAAUAAAAAAACAGCGGAACAUAAGAUAAAUGGAACAAACUUAAGUUCAUCUCAUGAAAUGAACGAGCAAGGCACUAGUGAUGAGACUGAGAAUGACAAAUAUUGUGGUAGUGAAUUUGGAGAAAUGCGUAAAAUGCAUAAAAUGUGUGAUAUUGAAUCCGGACAUAUGAAAGAUAUCAAAACAGAUGAAAUAACAAGUGAUCAGAUAAAUGAUAAAUGUACCCAUUGUGAUAAUACAAACAAAAGGAGCGCACAGGAUGAUAUGGUCAUUUCGGAAAAAUAUUUGGCUAGUGUAUCCACUGAAAGAAAUAACAACAACAGUAUGUGCAACAAGAAUAAUAUUAAAGAGACACGUAAUAGUACAAAAGCUAAUAAAAAUGAUGUAAAUGCAUCUAUAAAUAACAACCAUGCAAAUGUGUAUAAAAUGAAUAAUCCAAAUGUAUAUUGUAAAAAUGUGAAGAAGGAUAAUGUGUAUAACUAUAACCAUUCAGAACAUGCCUCGUCAAACUUCAUUCAUAUGUCUACUAACCAUUCUUGUAAUAAUAAAUUCCUUAAUGGCCAUAUGAACCACUUAAAUUGUAAUCAUGAAUAUUUAAAAAAUUAUAACAAAUUUAUCAAUUUUAAAAAUGAUAAUGAAACAUAUGAUAAUGAAACAUAUGAUGAUGAAACAUAUGAUGAUGAGAAAAAUAAUGAAGAGAAAAAUAAUGAAGAGAAAAACAAUCCGCUCAAGAUACAUAGACAAGUGUUAUUAAGUAGAAAUGAUAAUCUUCCAAUUAGUGAGUGCCCCUCGAAUGUAAGAAAGGAACAAAAUUUGGAUAAGAACACCACUGCUCCUUCGGCUAUUGGCACAACUGUAUCGGAUGUAAACACCUCUGUGCAUAAUGUUAAUAAUAAUGAUAACCAAAACACUAACAGUAGCAGCAAAUGUUACAUGCAUACAGUAAGAGAUGUGUGCUGUAGGUCAUCUGCUGAUAAUGGUAGCAAGAGUGAGAACAAUGGAAGACAAGCAAAAAACAUACCAAAAAAAAGUUUGGCAAACAAAAAUCUGCAGCAUUGCUUCUUCCUCAGUAAUAAUAACAUCAGUAGUAGCAGCCAUAAUAACAUCAGCAGUAGCAGCCAUAAUAACAUCAGCAGUAGCAACCAUAAUAACAUCAGCAGUAGCAACCAUAAUAACAUCAGCAGUAGCAGCCAUAAUAACAUCAGCAGUAGCAGCCAUAAUAACAUCAGCAGUAGCAGCCAUAAUAACAUCAGCAGUAGCAACCAUAAUAACAUUAAUAAAACUGACAAUUUCAACAGGAGUGAAAACUACAAUUGUAGUAGUAAUAACAGCAAAGAUAGAAUAAUCGCCCAGACGCAUAAGCGGGAGUUCGACUAUUCAUGUAACAGUAACCUGAUAAAUAAUCGAAAUUUCACACAUUCUAGAAAUAUAAAUUGUUUCGAAAGAAGGUAUGAAACGUAUAUAGACUUGGCCAGUAAAGUGAGCAGUGCCACGUGGUUAAUAUAUCUAUACGAAUUAAAAAGAGCUAGUUUUUUUAUCAACUACUAUAUUCAUCAUAUGCAUCUGUUCAUAUUAUUUAAAAAUUAUUUUUUAAAUUAUAAGGAAAAUUACAAAUUCUUUGAAAAGAAAGGGUGGAUCGAACUAAAACCGAACCUGUUGUCCGGAUGUAAGACUCGAAAUAAUGGAAGUAACAAAAAAAGGAUUAAUUUGGAAAAGAGCAGUAGGACCCCCCAUCUAUGUAGUCAAAAUGGUUAUACGAUUCAAACAAAUUUCGCCAACUCAAUGAAUGCAAUGGACAUAAUAAACGUAACAAAUGAGGGAACCGGACUGAAUGCCUUAAAUGACCCCUGUUCAGAACAAAACCUGGCAGUAGUAAAAUUGAAGAAACAAAAAAGCCUAAAGAUAUUUUUUAAAAAUAUGGGACAAAUCCUAGAAUGCACAGUACAGAAUUUAAAUUAUUGUAUCUCUGUUCUGUUUGAAAAAACUAGAGGAGAAAUAUACAGUCUUCCGUUUCGUUUAGACCCCAUAGAAAAAGUUCAUGCAUAUUGCAUACAUAACGACAGUUGUAAAAGUUAUAAACAGGUAGAGAGAAAUGAAAACAGGAGUCAAUACUGUUUCAUGUCUGACCGAAACAAGGAUGGUAACGCGGGGAAAAGUGCUAAAGAGAGGAAUAGAUGUGGUGGAACGAACGAGGAGUGUGACAAGGAUUGUAAUGGAAGUGGGAGUGGAAGUGGACGUAGAAGUAGAAGUAGAAGUGGAAGUAGAAGUAGAAGUGGAAGUGGAAGUAGAAGUAGAAGUGGAAGUAGAAGUAGAAGUGGAAGUAGAAGUAGAAGUAGAAGUAGAAGUAGAAGUAGAAGUGGAAGUAGAAGUAGAAGUAGAAGUGGAAGUAGAAGUAGAAGUAGAAGUAGAAGUGGAAGUAGAAGUGGAAGUAACAACAGCCGUAGUGAAGGACGCACCGGAGAACAUGACGCCCAGGACAACCUUAUGAACAGCUUUGGACUAGUUUUAAUAGAAGGAAAACUCAUAUUUGCAAAAUUUGUGAACAUCUGUAUUGAUAAAGAGAAGUUUUGGAAAGAAAAUUUUUUGUGCAGGAGGGAUAUAAGGACCGUUAUACAUGCUCGGGCAAUGGAUGUCCUUUUCGUUUCUAACAAAAAGAUCAAAAAGAGAGCUGAAGAGGAGGAUAGAAAGGGAACAGAAGAAGGGGAUAUAAAGGAAAAAAAAGUACUAAAUAAGGAGCAAAAUGGCACGGAUCACAGUAAGGAGUUAUAUGAAGAAAAUGAAGAGAAAAGUUUUAACACAAUGAUGAAUGGCAAAAAACGCCAGGGUAUGCUUAACCAUAACGAACAUCCAGAGUCCUGCUGGAAAAAUAUUAGCAAUGCUGACCGAAGGGCGACUAGCGGUUCGGUUAGCAGUUUCGUUAGCGGCUCAUUUAGCGGUUCAAGUAAAUACCAAUCGCAGGGUCCAUCAUCAGCCUUCACGUCGAACAUUGAUUACAUACUAUCGGAGGAAAGCACAUCGGAUGAGAAAAAAACAUAUGGCAGAUAUUUGAAGCCGUUAAGUGAUGACCCUUCCAUGUGCAUUCAUAAAGAUAUAGAGAAUGACUUACCUAUUUCAGAAAGAAAAUACGAUCCAAAUAAUGUUCAUCUAGUAGAAAAAGAAAUAGCGAUAAAUAGAGAAAAGGACAUAUCAGUAACAUGUGCUUUAAAAAAUAAAAUAAAACCAUGGAAUUUUAAAAAACAGAAAUUAAAACAAAAAUAUAGCAAUUUUAUUUAUAACUCUAAAAAUGAUUAUGUAGGUAUUUUAUUAGAAAAAAGCAAAUGCAGCAGUACCAUUUUCAAGAAGAAUCACUAUACCUUAUCAGAACAAGUUAACCAAUUGGAAGAAAACGAGUUCCUAAUUAAUCCGUGCAAUUUUGUCACUAGGGUUAAUGUAAAGACGGUUUAUGUAACUAGCAAUGAUAUUCAUGGCAGCUUAAAAAAUACAAUUUUUGAAAAAAUAAAUUACAAGGAAAGAGCUAUAGGGGAAAUAUUUAACGAGGAAAAGAAAAAAGAAACGUCAAAAAAGGAGAACAUUAGUAAUAUGGUUGACAGGAAAGAUAAUGGAAUAGAGGAGCAGCAGCAUAAAGAAAAUAAGCAAAAUGACGAAAGGCGUACCAAAGUAGAAAACCUGCAGAAGGACGAUUUAUACUGCUUAAGAUUAAUCACGCGGAGUGAAGUAAUGAGAUAUAAAGAGUUAGUAAGGAUUGUGAGAAAUAGCCCAUAUUAUUACAAAAAUGCAAAAAAUAUAUAUAACGUUACGAAUACACCCCUUCAACAACCUGUAAGCAUUUGUAAUUUUUGCUGCAAGAAAGGAAUGUUUAAUAUAAAGACAAAUCAUAUCAAGUUAUCUCACAUAUAUUCAAAUGUAGCAAACGAAAUAAGCACAUUUCUAUGUUCCUUGUUGUACAGAAAAAAUAGGGGCAUUAUCGAUGCUGACGUUUCAAGUAAAUUUUCAAGUAAACAUGAUUUAUCCGACAUUAAUAGAAUUUCAAAAAGGAGUGAUAAGAGUAGAGCUUCAAAAAAAAAAAAAAAUAAAAUAAUAAAAUAA